AACCCAGUUUUACCAGGAUUGUCACUGAAUUUUAUGUUUCCAGUUUUACCAGAACCAUUAUUACCUCUUGACCCAGUUUUAUUGGAAUUGUCACUGAAUCAUAUGUCACCUGUUUUACUAGGACUAUCAUUAAACGUUAUGUCUACAUUAUUUUCAAUACCGAUAGACAUCAAUUCUCCUGUUGAUUUUUUAUUAUCUCCAGUCACCAAUUUUAGUAAUGAUCAUCAGCCUUCUGAGCAAGAGUUCUUAAUAGAAAAUAAUAACAUCGAUAAUGGAAUUAUAAUCGACACAGAUUUAGAGAAAACACCAAGAUUCAGAAAAUUAAUGCUGGAAAUGUUAUCCAACAUUGAAAAAUAUGUAAUUCAAGGUCGGAUGGACUCUGGAUCUAUUUACCCUUUACUUAAACAUGACUAUCCCAAUAACCCCAUCUUUAAAAAAGACCUUUACAAUGCAGUAUAUCAGUUUCAAGCUACAAAUAAUCCAGGUGACUCGGAUGCAUCCCAAAUGCUUCAAAUGUUAUUAAGUUGGAAGGAAUUUGACCCUUUAUGGGUGGCUCGAUGGUCACAUUUGGUCAAUCAAUACCCAGAAGUGGCAAAAUAUAUGUCAGAAACACUUUAUGUUAAUAAGAAGUUAUGGGUAAUAUUGUGGAUACAUAAUCAAUUUACAGCUGUUAACAUUAAUAAUUAUGUCAAAAAUGAGGAGCACUUUGAAAGAUUUGAAGUCGAGCAUAGUGCACUACUAAUAGUUGGAUUGCUGACAUUAAAUACUAUGCUUUUUAGACAGAUAGAUGACAUAAUGAAAAAAUUCUUAACACCUAUUAUGCUAGAUAAACAGCAUUUGCAAAUGAAUCAAUCA